AUGGACAACCAGAUCGAGCACAGUAGAUACAUUGGGUGCCUGUGAAGCCAUGGCAAGUGAGUUGAACGAGGAGGACAUCCCAGCGUCAGCGGGGCCCACGAGCAAGCCUGCCGAAGACGAGGCCUUGAGCAUGGCAACUACAACAAAAAGUGAUACAAACACCUCAGCCGCGCUAAUUUGCACGUUUCCUGCAUCGAUGAAGGCGGAGCUCAAACGCCUCCUUCGUGCCUAUCACCAUUGCCUUGUCACCCGUCCAGUACUGACCAAGGCCCUGACCAGCGCCGUAAUCUCCGCCCUGGGAGACAUCUUAGCCUCUUCCGGAAAAGGAGGCAGGGGACGGAGUGGUCGCCGGACCCUGGGGUUCUUCCUUUUCGGAGGCCUGGUCACCGGGCCUCUGUGCCAUUACUGGUACGGCCUGUUGGAGAAGAAGGUGCGGGGCUUGCAAGGCGGCAAGAACGUGGCGAUGAAGGUGCUGCUGGACAAGCUCCUCUUCACCCCUCCCUUCCUGGCUCUGACCCUCUUCCUUCUCCGCUUGCUCGAGAGCGGGCGGCCGGGGGCGGCUUGGCGAGGAAUGAAGCAAGUCUAUUUCCCCACCUUGAAGACGAAUCUCCAGGUGUGGACUGUGGCCCAGGCGAUCAAUUUCUCGUACGUAUCCCCCGCCUACCGGGUACUCUUCGGCAACCUGGUGGCCUUGUGGUGGAGCUUCUACUUGUCCCGGCUGGGGGGGGGCGCGGGGGGGCGGGCCUCGUCGGUG